AUGAAGGGUGGGUUUUGGAUUAUUCUGACUGAAAUUAGUAGAGCGUACAGGAAUAGAAAAUGGAACAAUAGAGUGGGUUGGACGUGGACGGACACGAAAGUUAAUAGGGGAAAAGAGCGAUGGGACAUCAGUACAACUGUCAAUAAGAUUUCGAAGGAACUUUAUGUUUGUGGUUUAUUAUUCUGUCAGACAGAGUUAACAGACCUAGCCCACGGAGAACUGAAAAAUGAUCGUGUGAGGGGUGGGGAAUAUUUAGUAUAUAACUGGUGUAGAACGGCUUUGGACUCUUUCUAUGGUAGCAGAGUCUGA